AUGGGACGAAGAAAGAAUCCACAUCCGAAAAGAGCGGUGAACGCGAGGACGGUUUUGAAGGGAGAGAAAGAAGAACCUUUGGUGUUGUGUUCGAGAAUUCCUGACGAGGAUGAUGAUUUCGAGGCAAAUCAUCAUCAGAUACAAAAAGAAGAAGAAGAAGAAGAAGAAGAAGAGAUAACUGUUAGGAAAGGAGCGAAGAGAAAGAGAGGGCACGAGUGCGAUGUGUGCGAGAAGGUGUUUCGAUAUCCAUCCUACUUGGCCAAACACAUGCGUACGCAUACGAAAGAGAAACCGUACAAAUGCGAUGUUUGCGAGAAGCGUUUUCGUUAUUCUAAUGGUUUAAAAUACCACACGCGCAUUCACACGAACGAGAAACCGUACGAGUGCGAUUUUUGUGAUAAAGCUUUUCGUGAUUCUAGUAGUUUGACAAAGCACAUGCGUAUUCACACGAACGAGAAACCGUACAAAUGCGAUGUUUGCGAGAAGAGGUAUCGUUACGCUCAAAGUUUAAGGUACCACAUGCGCACUCAACAUUAG